GAAAGUAGCAACCUAAACCACACCAAACCCGAAAAUAGAUGUGACAGUUCGAAAACUGCCAGUUUGCUUUAUUUGCUUUGUGGAUAUUGGUGGACGUUUUAAUUUCAAGGCUAGGUCUCAAGACUAUCCAGAAUGCAUUCGAAUUCCAGUGUCACUGGUGGUGAGACCUUAUGUGUUUACCCUAAAGAUGAGUUACUGAGAGCCCGAAGUGAAUUUAUUUACCGAUGGAACAAUUUAAUGAACAGGAAUCCUGUUGCCACUUUAAUCAAAACGUAUCACUACCAAUAUCCACCGAAUAUAAUCUUGAAGAAUUGCAUAAAAUAUCCAUUUGAUGAUGACCAUGAAUUGGAUAUGUGUCCAUCUUUCUCAACCCGAAAGGACGUAAAACUUAGUGGAUUGAUCAAGUCUCAUGUAGUUUCCCAAGAACUGUUUAAACAAGCAAACUCUGAGCUAUUUACUGACAAAAUUUCUGAGGAGAAUCUUCACCGUAUGUGUUCAUUACUCAUUGAUAGACUCCGUACAUCUGAAGAAUAUCUUCAAUCUUUAAAUGAGCAUCAUUGUAUUUCAGCGUGGUAUUUUAUUUGUGAUAACUGUGAUUUUAUUAGCACAAAAGAUGUGGAUGCAUUGAACCACUUAAAGCAAACAGGUCAUUUGACAUGUAGUAAAUAUUUACCGUGCUAUUCUACGGUUGAAAAUAAUAAUAAUAAUGAUAUACCAUAUGAGUUGCAAGAACCACGUACCCUCUCUAAUAAAUCUGGCAGGAUUUAUGGUGGAAGUGUUGGUGAUUCAGUUGUAUGCUGUCCAACUUGUAAUUUGAUAUUUCUAGAUAAGCUUAUGUGUGCUUAUCAUCACCAUUCACAACAUUCAAACAAUGAACUUCUCUUCACUUACGGAAAGGUGUUGGUUGUGCACAAUUUGAAUAUUAAGCAAUCACAAGUAUGCUGUGAUUGUCAAAGAAAAUUUUGUACUGCUGAAGCAAUUACAAAUCAUUGGAUUCAUUCUACGCACUGUAAAUCACCUUUUAUGUUUAUGCAGAAGAGUAAAAAUGCAUUAAAUUCUCAUCAUUACAUUUUUUCUGUAAUGUGUAGCUUUUGUAAGCGUACUUUCACUAAAACUCCAUCAUUUGAGAAAAUAGUUUGUCAGCCUGGUAUGAAGCGUAAGCAUCAAAUGAAAACUGUACACCAGUCAUUAACUUCUUGGGUGACAGACUUUAGUCAUUUCUGUGUAAGUCAUGCUUUUAAACAUAUCUGUCAAGGUAAAUCUUUUUCUUGUGAUCUGAGUGUACGGAUUAUAAGUAUGUCAAAGUCUAUUGAAUAUCUUCCUCCUUUCAAGAGUGUAAAUGAGUUCGCCUCAUUACUUUUUUGUGUUCACGAAUGUAAACGUCUUAUUUCUUAUCUUGAAAAGUAUCAUGGGAGUUGUUCUCAUUUGUUGAAAAAAGCGAAACGAAACUUGAAAGGUUUAUUAACCAAGGCCCAGUCUCUUAUCUCAUAAUCUUGUGUUUCUUUUUUAUUGUUAGCCUCAAGUACUUUGUACACUAUGUUUAGUAAUAAUGGGCAGUGGCUAGCAGUGGAAUCCAGGAUGCGCAUUUCGUCCUAUUUAGGACUCGUCAGCUGGAUGUCCCGGUGGGAACAACAUCACUCACUGGGAAGCAGGUACAUCCAGCUGACGAGUCCCAAAUAGGACGAAACGCGCAUCCUGGAUUCCACUGCUAGCCACUGCCCAUCACUACAAAACAUAGUUAAAAGACAGGCAUCCGUAUAGGAGCCCAUAUGCCAACAGAGACUGAUCAAUUCGGUCCAGUCAACGACGGUGUAAUACAGGCGUUAACACUAUACUUUGUACACUAUUAAUUAUUUUGCAUCCUUUUAUAUUUUGUAUUUUUUGUUUUUCACAUUUUCUUAGCAUAAUGUUUCACAUAUAUAUCAAUGAGAAGUUUG